AGGUACUCUAUAGCUUAAUUAUCCUUGUAUCACAAUACCAUAUUUAUUAUUAUAUUUUAAAAUAUAAACAUAUCCAGGCGUGAUGUAAGAAGACAAUUAUACACUAAUAUUUACUAUUUGAAGAUGUUGAAAUUUAGCGGGUUAGUAAUUUGGAGGUUAGGUUCUCGAAGUUCUUUGAGAAAAUAUUCAGCUCCAGGUGCGACAGUAUUUAAAGCACAUAAAACAGAGCCAUCGACAAAUGUUACUGACAGAAAUGUCGAGGGUAAUACUCUGGGAAUUAAAGACGGUCCAAGUUUAGUUGCAGCUGCAUUUGCUUCUCUCAAUUCUCCAGAGCAGGAUGAAAAGAAGAAGCCAAGUGCUAAAUCUGUAAAACAGAGCCGUGCUCAGCAACUUGACAGUCAGAUUAUUAGAGCAACAGAUGUAGAAUCCUUGCUAUUAGCUGCUGAAAACCCUGUCAUAUCUAGAAAGCAUGCACUUAAGAUGGUGUCAGUAUUAUCUGAAUGGUCAAGUAACAACAAAGUUAAAUUAUCUGACUUUGAAAAGGAUCCACGCUUCCUUAAGUUGUGUAGGAUCUUAGCUAGGACACCUACUGGCCAGGCUAUGAGCUCACUAACAAUGGCUGAAGAUCUAAGCACAGUACUUGGUAUCACUGGUGAUGAUGAAGCAGCAAGGCUUAUAGCUAAUCUAUCAUUGCCGCAAAUGAUAAAGGUGAUGAAAGCUCUCCAGGUGAAAGGUAGACGAAGCACGCCACUGUUACGUGCCCUUUCUUACAACAUAACGAAACAAUCUGAAAAAAUUGACUUAAAAAAAUCAGCUGAUCUUCUUUUCUCUAUGGCUGCUCUGAAUUUCCCAGAUCCAGUAUUGUUAGAUAGGAUAUGCAGCGAUGUUGUAGAAAUUCUACCAGAGAACACAGAUAAACCAGCUGUUGUAAAUUCUAUUUUAGUAUCUCUCGGUUUGCUCAAAUAUCGACAUGAAACAGUCCUCCUAGCCUUAACAAUGUGGAUACAAAAAUAUAGAGAAAUUUGUAGACCAGGAGACAUAGCAUCUGCAGUCAUCACGUUGGCAACUGUUAACUAUUUACCAGCUCAAUUGGACUCUCUGAUAGAGGAAGCAAUAUUACUAAAAGAAGACGAAUUGACAAAAGCAUCAUCGUGGCUCGAUCUUGUGUUCUCUCUCCUAAUAUUGGACAAAGCACGGGAACAUCACCUCGUCUCCACAGUCAAGCCUGAAUUUAUUGAAAAACUUCUUUCUGCGGGUGAAAUACCCAUCCCAUCUCGACGUAAACUGAUGUCUAUAGACGCUUACAUCGGUCUCAAAUUCCCGUCCACAACCACUCGAUUAGCCGAAGACAUAGCAGUAGGUGUUCCGAUAGUUUAUACAAAGGAAAAAGCUCUCUAUGUGCAAAGCAUCAUGGACACGUUCAGGAGUCUAGUUUCAGCGGAAACGUUUUUAAGGAAGGAGUGUCAAUCGGGAAUGGGAUUUCUUUAUGACGCAGAGUUCGUUGUGGAUUCAAAGUGUCAUCCGGUGUCUUUAGAUAAGGCGGCUAACAGAAAGGAUGUACAUAGGAUAGCAGUAUUAGGUUUGGAUUAUCAUGACCUCACAAGGAAGGAGUUCGUUCCUCUCGGAGUUAACAAGUUAUACAGCCGACUAUUGCAACUUAAGGGUUACAAAGUUCUAGAGAUUCCAUACACGGAAUUUAAUCCUAAAGAUAAGCUGGUCACAAGGGUUAAGUACAUCGAGAAUCGACUCAAGGAAAUCAUUUCAUCGACCACGAAGAGUUAGGUAUAAAAAUAUUAAUUAGGGUCGUAUAAUUGGAUUUGUAAGGCUAUAUAACAUAUUAUAGAACUGUUGUGUAGUUAAUAUUUUUUUUUGAAUUUUAUUAUAUUUGAACUCAGAAUGUCCGAAUGAGACAUGAUAAUCAGCUACGUAUAUUAAAAUUAUAUUUUGCGACAUUUUAUUUACAGUAAUUUUCAUAACAAUAAUCUUAAUUUAAUUAGCGUUCUACCAGAUUGAAACGGAACCUUGUCAAAGUAAUCGAAAUAGAAAUUCUCGAGCUAAGUAGCGUUAUCAAAGAAGUUCCGAACAAUAAUCAUCCGACUCUGGCAAAGUCAAAACGGUGGUUAUGAUUUUUACAAACUAUGUAAAUAUAAGUGUGCGUGUACGUAUGUAUGGCUGAUUUCGUUUUUCAAAACAUGUUUCAACUGUCAGAUUUACUCUGCCUGGUUGAAUUUUGAUAAUUUUAUUUCUGUUUCCAUUAAUUUCCUGACUUCCUGAUGGCGUAUGUCAAAGUUUCAUCGUCCACAAGGUCGCAUUUUUUUAUUGCGCGUGGUUUGUUAUAACCUGUUCCAAUAGUAGCUAUAUAAGAUAUAAUACAACACUAUUCCACUUCACCGCUAAUAUUAUUUUCAAUUUUCCUUCCAAAGUUCCGCUAGCCACUUCGCCGACAUUCAAAACAGCGUUGCACAACUAUCGAUAGUUUAACUAUCGAUACUAUCGCUAACACUUUAACUAUCGAUAGUCUAUCGAUAGUGGACUAUCGAUAUGCAACACUAAUUCAAAACGAUCAUCCAUACUGGUUAUCUUUCAUACUGAUUAUUCAAGAUCUCGACCAAUGAUAUCGCGUCAAUUCAAUUUCGAAGUUUUUUAUCUUGCUUAUUUCGAGAGUCCUUUAGUUCGUUAACUAUAAUAUGUACUAUAAGCUGUAUUAAGAUGACUUCUCGUGUUCACAUUGUCAUUUGAAAUUUAAAUUAUGGAAUGAAGAAGUUAGGAAAAAUACUAGAACUAUGUUAGGAGGAUAACAGUUCAAUAUAAUAUGCAUCUAUAAAUGUAUCUGAUUGUUUUGUUAGGUAACGUCAGUAUCUAACAGAAAUUCGUUACACGCCAUUUGAAUUAUUUGAAUUCAACGUCACGGAAACACAUGUAAAAACUCCUUAGCAAUACCUUUUACGUUUAAAAUGAUGACUGGAUCAACAAUAAAAAACCCUAUCCUGAGCAGUUUGUUUUCUAUAACCAGAUACUCUGUGAUGAUGUGACAGAUACGAAGUUAUUUUUAUAAACAAAACGGUUGAAAAAACGUGUUACUAUAAUUAAAAAAAAUAUUGUACGUAACUAUGAUAUUUGAAAAUGAAAAUGAGAUUAAUAAUUUCAUCUAAUCAUAUUAAUUAUUUCACUUUUUUUUCUAUCUGUACAAUUUUUUUAAGUUGUUCUGUUACCAGUCAGAUGAUUUUCAACCCUAUUUAUUGACGCUAUGAAUUAUUGAGGCAUCAACGACCUAUACUAAUUUUAAAAUGUAAUAUAAUGUAUGUAUGUAUUUAAUUGUUAGAUGUAACAUAGACUGUAAUCAUAAGCAAGAUGUCGGAUGGACAGUCCAAAUUCGAAUUUCGAAAAUUGAAUUAAAAAUAUUUUGUUUUUUGCUAAUUAACACUCAAUAAUUAAUUAUAAUUGUCUCGAAUAUCUAUUCGAUGUGAAUACAUCUGUUUUCACUCACAAAGGCGCGCCUCCUUGUUUAUUAUCGGAGUGCAUUAACAAAUACAAUCUAAUUCUUCCCACGCACACUAAGACAUCUUGUAAGCAGAAGCGUCACUCAAAUAACGCACGCCGAUAAUUUAACGCACUGUUCGAGAAUUAACAGAGCUAUAUUAGACAAUUAUUUAGUGUUACAAAAGCAAAAUUUGAUUUAUUUGGUACUGAUAAUAUACAAAUCGCAAGAAAACAGGACAGGAAGCAUCUAUGUUUAGAGGUUCGAGUCCUGUGUGCAUCUGUGUGGGUUAAGUAAGUGUUUGCAGUGGCGAAAAUCUUGUUACCUCACAUCUAUUUGGUCUUACACGUUAUUGUGUUUGAACUUUUUCGUGCUGUGAUACUUAUGCUAUUAAAAUAUAUUACAUACAAAUCAUUCAUUUGCAAAGGAAAAUAUGUAAUCCGUAUUUAAAUUAUAUAAAUAAAUCAAAACUAUACUGGUGAGAACUCAUAGUAAACAAUAAAAUCUCCCGAUUAAUUUCUAAAGCUUUAAUCGAAGUGAAAUUAACCUAAAAGCCUUCAAUCUGAGAGGUCACUGAUCUGUGGCACUGAUGACGACGCUACACGGGGAAGACUUAAAUUUGAUCGGGCUAAAAUAUUCCUUUCUCGCUCUGUCAUAAGGGGUUAUAAAGUGUAGCAAGUCUUCUCGUCUUGUCAAAUCAGAUUGUUUAUACAGUAAGAUUUAGAUUAAGGCUUAAUAUGGAAAUUACUACUAUUAUGCGUCUUCAAAAUAAGAUUGAUCUAACGUUCGUUUCAGAAAUAAUGACUUAAGCAAAUCUGACUAAACAUUGGACGCUCAUUGGUGGCCUUAUUACGUCACCAACUGCCACUGACCAAUGGCCAUUCAGAUUGAAUUCUAAUUAUUUAAUCGGACAAUGAUCAAGUUUCUGAAACGAAUAAUUGAAUUAUAAGGAAUAUUUUGUUUAUCUUCAAAAUUUAAUUGAUCGACAGUCAGUUUCAGAAAUUAAUAAAGUUCAAGUAAACACUAAGCGCUCAUUGGUCAGCUCUUGACACCGAACAAUGAUUUAAUAAACAAAUGAUUUAAUCUGACUUUAAUUAAAGUUUUAGAAAUUGAUGGAUAACUAAUUCGAUUGCAUCCAAUCUUUCGUCUCUUUUCCACUGUUAUGGUGACAUAUUUAUCCCCUUGACGUCUCAAUUAAAAGCAAAUAUACAUACACUUUAAUCCGAUUACGCGUAAUAUUUAUUUACUGUAACCCAUUUUUGUACAUUUAUUUAUGUAGAAAUACCCUUGAAAAUUAAAAUUACCUAAUUGUAUUGUAUAAUUUGUUAUAGAUUUGUAUAUGUGUGAAUGCUGUAUACUUAAUUUUAAUUUAUUCACGAUAAAUUAGUCUCUAAUUCAUACAUGUAAAAAUCAAAUUCCCUUGAUUUAUUUGUUCUGUUUAACUGCGAGGGCGUGUAAAAUAGUGGUUGUUAAUAUUAUAGAAAAAUAAAUAGAUUUAAUUUAAA